AAAGUUGGAAUUAUAAUUAUCGGAGAAGAAAUUCCAAAGAUGAAAUAUAAGGAGAUAUUUUCAAGUCCUUUAGAUUUCCCUGCUAAUAAAAUGCAUAUUCAAGAUGGAGAAUUACCCUCCGUGAUUAAUGAACUAUCAGUGACUCUGCUAGUAAACGUUCAGAGUUGUAAUGAAGGUUGGCAGAGUAUCUUUCAAAAAGGAGUAAAUAAUACUCUGACUCCCGGCCUUUGGAUAAAUCCAAACUCCACAAAUCUUCACGCUAGAUUCUCGACAAAUACCGAAUCGAAUUUUGGAAUUCACGAAAUCUCCGUUGGGCUUGAAUUAAAUAAAUGGUAUUAUAUAGGUUAUACACUUUCAGAACCUCUUAAACGAAUGGACAUCUAUUUAAAUAGAAAAUGGGUUGGAUUUAAGAGCAUCGAACAGGUUUUACAGGAAAAAUGA